AUGAAAUUCUUCAAGAGCUUGCUGUAUACGUGUGUGUUGUCGGCUGUGUCCGCCACAGACGAGCUUACGCCUGAUAAAGCAGAAGCCGACAUUCAGCAAGAUGGGUUGCGAAACGUGCUGUGGAACUUGAACAAGAUUGCCAACGACAAUGGCGGCAACCGCGCGUUUGGCACACCCGGCUACAAAGCUUCGCUGGAUUUUAUCCUCGAGCGUGCUGUCAGGCGCUUCGGCAAACACAUGGAUACCUACCUCCAGCCCUUCAAUCACUUGUUUCACCGCGUAAACCGCAUACAGCUCCAGGGCCCAGACGGCAAUGAUGUGUAUGUUGUGUCGCUAAUGUACAACCCGGCCACCCCUCUACCUGGAGGGCUUAGCGGGGAGCUGGUUAAUAUUCCUGUCGACGACGUCCGUGGAUCCGGUUGCUUUGAGGACCAGUGGGCGGGGAUUGAUGCCAGGGGUAAAAUAGCUCUGGUGAAGCGUGGGAUUUGCGCAUUUGCAGACAAGGCCAAGCUGGCCCAGGGCCACGGUGCUAUCGCCGUGGUUUUCUACAACAAUGCUCCUGGUAAGCAGUACGGCAGUGCCACGCUCGGCGCUGCAAACGUUGGCAAGCUCAUCCCCUCGGGUUUGGUGCCUCUUGAGGACGGCCAAGCAUGGAUGGGGCGUCUUUCACAGGGCGAGAAGCUAGCAGUCACACUCGUCGUGGAUACUACGUCCGAAACUCGGCCUUCUUGGAACAUCAUCUCCGAGACAAAGGAGGGGGACCCUAACAACGUGGUCAUGCUGGGUGCGCACCUGGACAGCGUCCUUGCUGGCCCGGGUAUCAAUGACGACGGAAGCGGUACCGCCGCUCUCGUGGAAAUCAUGGGUUCCUUUAAGAAGUACAAGGGCUUCAGGAACAAGGUCCGUUUUGCGUGGUGGGGAGCCGAAGAGAGUGGCCUGGUCGGUUCCCUACACUAUGGGUCGAAACUCACCGAGGCCGAAGCUGACAAGAUCCGAUUCUACUUUAAUUACGACAUGAUUGGCUCCCCAAAGCCGUCCUAUACCGUGUAUGCCGAUAACGACGCUCACCGUGUUGGCGCUUCUCCCUUGUUGGAUUAUCUCAAGGCGAAGGGUAAACCUGCUGAAACCAAGAAGUUCGGCACCUCGUCCGACUACGUCGCCUUUCUCAAGCUCGGAAUUCCUUCAUCUGGCCUCUUUACCGGAGCUGGUGCGCCAGCCGAUGCAUGCUACCAUCUAGCAUGCGACACCACCGACAACAUUGACUGGGAUGCCAUUACGGUCAACACCAGAGCCGCCGCCCGUGCUGCCGCCCAAUUUGCCUUGAGCCUGGACGGAGUUCCGCAGAGGAACAAGACGACUCUCAAUCCGGGAAGCAAAAGAGGCAUCUGGCGGACUUUUGACUCAUGGGCCGACACGGUUGAGAUUGCGGAAAAGAUGCACAAGUGCGGAUCGGGCGAGAGGACUACAUGA